GUAUUAAACACACAAUAAAUACGAGUCUUAUAUAAAACUAAACGCAAUGUUUGUAAUCACUUAUUAUUUGUUAUGUUUUGCCAUUCAUUGUAAUCAUUGAUUAAAAUCACAAAAAAAACUUAUUAUUAUUUAAUCUAUUAAUUGGUCACCGAUUUUGUUGGCCACCACUGGACGCGCGUCUAUAAUAGACAUGAAUUUAGAGUCACUGCAGUCGUCGCUGGAAGCGUCUCAUGUGUUGUCGCCGCCGAUGGACACGACGGCCAUCGACUCGACACCGUUGUUGACCGACUGUGUGACCACUGAUGAAGAUUUCGAAGACAUGCUAUCGUCGAUUGGUUGCACAGAUCUCUGGACGGACACUAUGGAUGUCCUAAACACUAACGGUAUGCAAUUGAAUGACUCGUUGGUCAACUCAUCCAAACUGAACAUUUCCGACGGCUAUUUGUUUGACAAUUCGUACGACAUUUUGAAUGACAUUUCAUUCAACGAUAUUUCACCGAAAUCUUCGUCACCCGAUUCGCUGGCAUCGGUGGUCAAUACGACAAUUGCACCGCAACAGCCUAUGGAUACAAAGCCUCCGAUACAAACAUUUGAUACACUGAUGAACACCAGUGGUCUGACAUUGAAGAGUAUGCUUCAGAGCAACCAAAAGAUUCAAUUAGUUCGGCCAACGAUUGUUCAGAAACAACAACAACAACUUACACAACCAAUACAAGUAAUACAACAACCGAUAACAACAACAACAAUAGCGCAGACAGCGCUCAAAGUACAGCCACAUCCAGUGACUCAACCGUUGAAUGUGUCGACAACGGCAGCCACUACGGCGGCAGCGGUUCCCGUAAGUUUCACGGAUCUGAUGACCAUUAUUCGCGAACAACAGGAACAGAAACAACAGUUAUUAAUGCAACAGAAAGUCCAACAGAUUCUCAUCGAACAUUUGCAGACAAAUCUUCAGCCAAACAAACCAAUUAUAACCACAAAUGUUAGCACAGCUUUCAAAACGACACCGACAACAGUGGCGCCAACUUCUCUUACAGUUACUGUCGCUAAUCCGACGGCAACUUUGUUGACAACAACUCCCCUUAUUCUUCAACAGCAACCACAACAACAACAGCAGCCACAGAAAGAAGUUGUGGACAAAAUACCGAUUCAACGAUUGUCUACAAACAACAGUACAUUUGGAACCGUUUCGUCGACUGUUAAACGCGAAACACAGUCACCAAUGAGCACAACCAGUGAGUCGUCGUCAAAGAAUAGCAAAAAUGGUAUUAAUAUUAUUAAUAGUAAUAAUAUUAAUAAUUUUGGUAACGGAGCCGUUCCCGAAAAGAGGUCGGCACACAAUGCCAUCGAACGGCGCUAUCGGUCAUCGAUUAAUGAUAAGAUAACUGAAUUGAAGAACAUGAUUGUCGGCAAUGACGCUAAACUGAACAAAUCAGCAGUUCUUCGCAAAGUCAUUGAUUACAUUCAUUAUCUGCAGAACGCGAACGCAAAGCUCAAACAGGAAAACAUUCAGUUGAAGCUGAAGAAUGGUAACACUAACAGUGAUUCCAAUUCGCCAUCGAAGCCCAACUCGCCAGCCAUGACACCGCCCAUCUCUGAUUGUUCAUCAGCGCCGUCAUCGCCAGAUCAGAGCUCUCAGUCUAGUUCGUCACUAUUCUAUGCCAGCGAUGGCUCACGAAUGGUCCUCUGUAUAGUUGUUUUGGCUGUUCUGACAUUCAAUCCAAUAUCGCUUCUCAUGUCUACAUCCGAUGCAGUUUUCAACUACGAAUCCGGUCCCGAAGGUCACGGAAGAUCUAUUCUGAAUUUUUUCGGCUCCGAAGAUAAUACAUCGUGGAAGUACUGGUUCGGCAGUAGUUUGUCGACAGCGUUGAUAUGGAUAUUCAAUGCAUAUAUUUGUUUUUUGUUUCUCAAGAAAGCAUUAAAAAACAAUAGUUACGGAACUGUUAACAACAGCAACAACAACGGUGGCGGCAAAAAUCAUCAAAAGUAUGGCCACUACUUGAUUCAGGCAAACGCUGACAUGAAAUCUGGAAAAGUAAAAUCUGCGAAAAACAACUAUCAAUUGGCGCUCUUCGAGAUCACUGGUAGUCAUUUGCCACCAAAGACAUUGAUGACUAAAAUAGUGGCCCUUUUGUGGCAAUUGGUCAGGUAUUGGCUGAACAUGACUUAUGUAGGAAUCUGGUUGUCCAAUAAAGACGAAGACAAUCAGCAGACACUAUCGAAAUCGAUUUGUUUUAUUCACUGUAAACUCAAUUCGUUGGACUUAAUCGAAAACGAAGGCAAACCAUCGCUGAUCGGUUACAUUCACUCAUUGACUGCACUGAACGAGUCGUUUCUGAUCGCACCGAAGUUUGGCUAUCAAUCCAUUUGCUAUCUAAUGACAGCACUUCGCUUCAAGAGUCAGUCCAAUUUGAUGGCCAGAUAUUUCUUACAUAAAUCGGCUAAAACUCGAAACGACUCGUUCGAUACCUUUCUAUUGAAACCAAUUGGUAAACGAUUUUUCAACAAAUCACACAUCAAAUGGGACUAUUCGGUGGACAAGAAUUCAAUGUUUACGAAAACUGAGUUUAUUUCCAAAGAUUCAAUUUUAUUAUUAUCGGUAAAAUUUAGAAGAUAUCUGAUUAAGAAAUGUAUUCUUACGCUAAUGAAUCCGCGAAAUGGUUCCAACAAAGAUCCCUACCAUUUGAAUGAUAGCCCGAAGAAGACCGAAACGAUUACAAUUAAAGAUGUUAUUCAAGAAUUGAUUGGAAAUUCCAAACAAUAUGGCGACGAAGUUUCAUAUUUUUGGAGUCAAGUUAUCAAAUUGGCGUUCAGUUGGCUGACCAACGAUGACGAAGCAGUCAAACAAACACAUCUUGAAGUACCCGAACAAAUGAAAAACAAUUCGCUGGUUAUUUCGCUGCUAUUGAUAUCGAAAUUAAGAAAAUAUAUAACCAAUAAAAAACCGAAAGACACAAAAUUGAUCCGAAAUUUGUUGGACAGAUCCAGUUAUGAAUUGUGGCGCUCGAUAGAGACCGAUCAAAACGCCCGAAUCGGUCCGAUUCAAGAUGAAUGUCAUCAACAAGUGUUCGAAGCGUUUGAAUUGCUUUGUUGUGAUUGGAUUUUGUGGACAAGAGUUAAAUUAUGGGAAAUCAAUGUCAACAACCAGAACGAUGGCAACAAUUUGCGACACAUUAAGGGCUUUCGCAAAGAUUUGUCGACAUUACGCUAUUUAGUCGAAUCGAUUCCCAGCGCAAAAUCCAAACUAUACUUCUAUGAGGGCUCCUAUCGACUCAUUUGUGGCUCGAAUCCGCUGGAAAGUCAACUGCUCUUCGAGCGAACACUACGUAAACGACGUCUGAAUGUUCAGCCAAAGAUCAUCUGCAAUACAAACGAAGAAAACAAUAUACCAUCGCUUAGCGAUCAGCACGACUUUGCCGGUGCACUGACACUGAGCGCCAAGUAUUUGCCAUCGCAUUGCUUCUCGUGUCCGGCGGAACGGGAGGGCUAUCUUCGGGAAGCCAACAGUAUAUGCGAUCGUUUCCGCAGAAAACCUGACGACGUUAUCAUGUAAUGGAAAAAUUACGAACUGUUUUGUUAUUAAUAGCAAUUGUAAAUAACUGUAUAAAAUUAAAAAUCACAAUUUAUUUACUCAUUUACACACUUCACUACUACUACUAUCUGUUUAUCGUAAUUAUUA